AGAUAACGUCAAAAUACAGAGUGACAUAAUCCAAAACUACUGUGCUUUACGAUCGCGAGACGAGGUGUUAUUAAAUAAAUUUUACAUUAUUAUUUGAAUGUAACAGUGGAAUAAAUAUAUUCAAUAAUGAAUUCAGUGAACAUGUCGUACGCUCUAAUACGUCAUAUGCGCCGCACGGCAUUAUUAUCGCAGCGAAUCCGACUUGAAUCGACUAUGACUAACCUGACUCCGGAAGACAUCGUAUUUCGGCCUCCUCUCGCUCAAUGGGGCAAAGUUAUUAGAGAGGCUGAGAAGAUAGUGGGCUAUCCGACCUCUUUUAUGAACCUGCGAUGGUUGUUGAGCGACGAAUUCGCCAAUUUAGCGAUGCAUUUGCGAACUGUUGUUGGCAUGAACCAUCCCAUUGUAAAGACAGCAAAAAUGUUGCUAUAUAAUGAGCACAACAACCUGCAGCCAUGGGGCCUCGUCAUCCUGUUGCUAUCCAAAGCCGUCAACCCCCCAACAUCACUGCUCACCAGCUCCGUAACAGAAAACCAACGUAUCCUUGCAGAACUCACAGAAAUGAUCCGAACUGGCCACUACGUACACAGAGGCUUACUAAACAUACCAGUAAGUGACCGAAACAAAAAUUCAGACACUGCAAUAUUUGCAAAUAAAAUAGCUAUUCUAAUAGGAGACUAUUUACUAGUUACGGCAAAUGGAAUGUUAGCUAGACUGAAAAACCAGGAUUUAUCCUACAUAAUAUCCACUGCGUUGCGUGACUUGAGCGAAGGAGAGUUCUAUGGGAAGAGAGAUGCACAAAACAUGCCGUUACCUGGCAAACCUGUAGACAAUCCGUCAGAUAUAUACAACAUAUGUGGUGAUACAUUACCGUUAGAAGUAAAAGAUGUUUCAGGCUCGCCCAUUAGAGAAUGGACACUUCGCACCUUGUAUAACGGUGGGACAUUGUUCGGAAGGGGUUGUCAAGGAGCCAUGUUACUGGGAGACCAUGAUCUUGAGAAGCAAAACAAUGCGUACAAGUUUGGCUGCCACCUGUGCCUCGCUUGGCAAGCAGCCACUGAAGUACAAAAGAUGACAUCAGAGAAAGACUCAUAUUCCAUAGUCAGUGCACCUGUGUUGUUUGCGUUAAGUGAAAAUCAAGAACUGUACAAAUUAGUAGAAGAUAUACAAAAUAUAAGUGACAUAGACUUAGAUCAAUUGAAAGUAGAAGUUUUGAAAACAAAUGCUGUUGAACGAACAAGACUGUUGUACACAGAACAUGCGGAUAAGGCCAAGGCGUACGUAGAAACAUUUGAUGACUGCCAAUCAAUAGAUACUAUCAAACAGAUGAUUUAUACCUUGUAGGUAUAGGCAUAAAGUCCAUUUUUGAGUAUUAGUGCAAUUUAUACUGUUAAGGAACGAAUAGGCAAUGAGAUUAAUGGUAAUUAGUAUUUUUGAAUUAGAUCAACAUAUCAUGUGUUCUAUUAACUUCUUGAUUUUUGAACGAUUUUUAAAAUGAAUGUUUCGUAGUAUUUUUAGUUGAGUUUACUUUUACAAUAACUCGCUUUAAUUACUAGCUAAAUGAAGCUUGGCAGAUAAAAACAUUAUAUUUAUGAGUUUGAAUUGAAAAUAUAACUUUUUAAUUGUUAAAGAUUUUUAUAACUUAAAAAUGCUUGCUUUUCCGAGCACUGGUGCUUAAUCAAAUCAAAUUUUAAUUUAACUAAAUCAAGCUUCGCUACUUCUAUCAUAAGUUAUAAUUAGUGCAUUAAACAAAACCUUUGCUUAGGCAUUAAUUAAAAAAAAUGCAUAUGACAGAUAUUUUUUUGAGCUCGAAAAAUAUUUAAAAGGCUUGAUAACUACCCCAAUGGCUCGAUUACUGCCGGAAGAUUUCAAAGACUUUCCGAAGGAAUCGAAAUACUACCUCAAGGACUCGAAAAUAUUAGAAUACUAUUAAAAAACCUACGUCUUCAAUUAGCAUUAAAUCUUAGUAACGUCCACUUCCGCAAUCAAUUUAAACUUGGCCACCAUUCUAUGCCUAGUGUCUUCAAAUAUUAUAAGAAAGGCCUAAACUAUAAUUAAACGUACGAAAUUCUAAUAAUUAGUUAAAAAGAUGCGUAUUGUAUAAAUAUAAAUUAAUGAAUUUUGUACCUGAACUAACAAAAACAGUGCUAAGUAAAUGAAUACUAAUCUUAAUUUAUUGUAGAUGAAUGUAGUUUUAGAUUUAUGUUAGCAAGAUGAGAAUUUGUUGAGUAGGUCACAAAAUGUGUUAAUUAUUGUUAAGAGAUCCUCAUAUAUGCGAUAAUUAGGUGUAGGAGGCUGCUGAAGGUAUGUCUAAUAAUUAUAAUUAGUGUAUAUUAAAAAAGGUCGAGGUUAAAUCGAUUAGAAACAAUAUCGAUUAAGUUUCUCGAUGUAAUAUUCGUCAAAUGUUUAAGUGAAGUGUGUUGACAGUUUUUCGUGUUUAAAUCAACUUUUUAUUUGAAAAUGGUUAGCUCAUUAUAUCGCCCGACUAGUUCAACUAGCAAAUCCGCCAAGGAUUCCGGUUAGAUAAUAAACUGGUCGGGCGAUUCCGCUAAAUACGCGUGAGUAAACCUUUAUCAAAUAAUUAAGCAUACACCUCACGAAAAUUCUUAAUAAGAAAGAUUUUGAAUAAAUCAAUUUUAUAUAAUAAAUUUGAAUCCUCCUGGUGGGAAUUAUUCUAUUUAGUUUUUAUUUAGCUAUAUUUUGCUACAGAUUGAUCCUCGGUUUCUGAAACACUGAUCGAAACAAAGGCGAGAAAAUUCCCACUCAGACUUCAGAGCUCUGUGAUUUUUAAGGCGUAUGGUCGACUAAACUGGCAAUCAGCAUAUUGCCAUAAUUAAAAGGAAAAGCUAUGUUGUCUUAAAAUAUGAACCACUUCUCCGGUCGCAGGUCUGCUAUUACAGUUGCAGAAAUAAGCAAGCACCCUCGUAUAUUUUUACUAUUUUGUGUAUACCUACAUAACUUAAAAAAAAAAACAAAAUUAAUUGAUCAUCGUUUCAAAAACCAAGUGUUGUAUAAUAUUUUUUGUGAUUUCUCUCCCAAAUACUGUAUAGUUAUAAUAAAAGUUUUGAGCAUUUAUGUAAUGUAAUGAGUGGUACACAAUGUAUAUUAUUUAUUGAUUGUAAAACAAAGUUUAUGAUGUUACCUAUAACUGUUAAGUUUUGUGAAGUAAAUGUUUUUAAUUUUUGUA